AUGAUUAAAUCAUUUUCUAACAUAUCACAACGUUUUAUUUUUCUUACUAUUAUUUGUAUUCUUAUAUGUUUUAUACAAAUUGUACUUAUUUUUCAACUUUUUUCUGAUUCGUCUUCUAAUGAAAAAUCUAUUUUAUUACCUUCAUUUCAUAUUUCGAAUACAAUAUUAAAUUGUACACAGAAAUUAAAAUGUCCAAAUAAUAUUAAAUAUUUUUCUAUUCAUAUUGAUAAAAAUAUUGAAUAUCCAAAUAUAACUUAUAUACGUUCACCUAUUUUUUCAAUUAUUCUUGAUAUAAUUCGAAAUUCAUCUUAUUAUACAAAUGAUUCAUCAUUAGCUUGUAUACAUAUAGCACCUGUUGAUACACUUGAUCGAGAUCGUCGAUCAAAAAAUGGUUAUUAUACAUAUUUUAUUGAACAACGUUUUAAAUUUUUUCAUGAAUGGUCAGAUCCAAAUAAAAUUCAUUUGAUAUUUAAUCAUUAUACAGGAACUUGGCCUUCUUAUCGACGUACAUUAGAUUUUAUAUUACCAUCACAAUAUAUUCUUGCAUCAACUAGUUUUACUUAUAAUAAUUAUAAUUGUUUAUCAGAUAUAACAUUUCCAUUAUUUCAUAUUGAUUAUCCAUCAAAUUUAACAAAUAAAUUUUUUUCUUCACGUAAAAUUCUACUUUCAUUUAAAGGUAAAAGUUAUGAAGAUGUUCAACAUCAUCGUACAUUUUUUCGUCAUUUAAAUAAUAAUCAUGAUAUUAUUAUAAAAUAUACUGAUAAUAAUAAUAAUAAUAAUAAUAAUAAUUCUUAUGAUCAAAAUGAAUAUAUUGAACUUCUUCGUCAAUCAUAUUUUUGUCUUGUACCUAGUGGACGUCGUUUAUAUUCAUAUCGUUUUCUUGAAUCAUUACAAUAUGGUUGUAUACCUGUUAUAACAACAAAUGAUAAUGAAUUAAUUAUACUUCCAUUUAGUGAAAUAAUUAAUUGGUCAAAAUCAAUUAUUAUUAUUUAUUCAAAUAUAUCAUUAAGUCUUUUACCAUAUUAUUUAAGAAAUAUUUCUAUUUAUCAACGAAAUCAAAUGCAAAUAGAAUGUAGAAAUAUAUGGUUAAAAUAUUUUUCAUCUAUAUCACGAAUCAUAUUAACUUUACUUGAUAUAUUAAAUGAUAGAUUUAUCACUUCAUCGUCUUCUUUUCUUUCUUUCGAACGUUAA